AUGCUUCCUUUUGUCCCAGCCUCGUUCGGCGACAUCGUUGCUGCCGCCAACAUUGCUCACUUGAUCUACCAGGCCCUCAAAGACAGCACAGGGUCAUCAUACGAGUACCAGUGUUUGAUCGGGGAGGUCCAUUCAUUCGAAGACGCCCUGAGAGCCGUCGACUUCGCCAUUACUGUCACUCCCCCUAGUGGACGUCUCGCCCAGUAUAUCGAAGCAGAAACAACACGGUGUCUUGAACUGUUGAAGAAAUUUCUGCACAGCAUCAAGUCGUACCAGAAGGCUCUCGGCGGAGGUAGCAAGGGCGCUAAUUCUUGGCGCCAAAUCGGUUGGGGCCUCUUGAAGGCUGACAAAGUUGCGACUUUCAGACAGAAACUUUCCCAACAUCGUCAGAACAUUGCGCUGUUAUUGAGCGGGCUAAUGAUGUAG